AUGUCUUAUCUGAAAGUUUCUGGAACAAAGGUCGUCGAUGGGGGUGGCAAAGAGGUCGUCCUCAGGGGGGCAGGUCUCGGAGGGUGGAUGAACAUGGAGAACUUCAUUUCUGGGUACCCAGGCUGCGAAUUCCAGAUCCGCGCUGCUCUUGCUGAGGUCGUAGGACCUAUCAAAUCAGAUUUUUUUUUCGACAAGUUUCUGGAGUACUUUUUCCAAGAGGAAGACGCCAAGUUUUUCAAGAGUCUUGGACUCAACUGCAUUCGGUUACCCUUCAACUACAGGCACUUCGAAGAUGACUUGAAUCCCCGUGUCCUGAAAGAAGAGGGUUUCAAGCACCUUGACCGUGUGAUUGACCUCUGUGCCCAACAUGGCAUUUAUACCAUCCUCGAUCUGCACGCUGCUGCAGGCGGUCAAAACACCGACUGGCAUUGUGAUGCUGGCACGCACAUCGCAAAUUUCUGGUUACACAAAGACUUCCAAGACCGUACAAUCUGGCUCUGGAAAGAACUUGCUAAGCACUAUGCUAACAACAAGUGGAUUGCCGGCUAUAACCCACUUAACGAACCCACUGAUUCCACGCAUACCGCUGUAAUAAAGUUUUACGACCAAGUUUACGACGCCAUACGCUCGAUUGACACAGAGCAUGUCAUUUUCUUCGACGGAAACACAUUUGCAAGUGACUUCUCACAUUUCGGUGAUAUGCACAAGAAGUGGCAGAAUACCGCGUACUCGAUCCAUGAGACGGCAGACUACAGUGUGUACGGUUUCCCUGCUAGUCCAGAGGACUAUGUCAGCUCCGACGAACAACGGCAGAGAAUGAAGAAAAGCUACGAGAGGAAGAGGGAAUGGAUGGACCAGCACGGGCUUUGUGUCUGGAACGGCGAAUGGGGCCCAGUCUAUGCUAGGAAGCAAUAUGAUGGCCUUGCUACAGACGCCAUCAAUGAACGACGGUACAAGGUUCUCAAAGACCAGUUGGCAAUCUACAAUCAGGAUCGUUUGAGCUGGUCGAUCUGGUUAUACAAGGAUAUCGGAUUCCAGGGCAUGGUCUACGUUUCGCAAGAAACAUCGUACAUGGCCCUACUGAAGGACUUCCUGGCGAAGAAACAUCGUCUUGCUGUGGACGCUUGGGGUGCUGAUACCACUCAAGUCCAGCACAUAUAUCAACCUCUUAUCGAUCAUAUCACAAAAGAGAUACCGCAGGAGAACCAGAACCUAUAUCCGUUUCCAGUCUGGAAACUCUCUCAUCGUGUUGGUCGCCUGUCCCGCAGUAUACUGGUAACCGAGUAUCUUGUCAAGGAAUGGGCAGAACACUUCCGUGGAAAAAGCGAGGAUGAGCUCGAUGAAAUUGCGAAGAGCUUCAAGUUUGAGAACUGUCUCCGCCGUGAUGGACUAAACAAGAUCUUGAUGGACAAUGCAGCAAUAGUUGAAUUUUAA